AUGCGGAGCAUCGCAACGCCCGUGCACGCAUCGACGCUCGGUAGACUUGCUGAUAGGAGCCUAGCCCCAGGGCCUAGCAUUAGCCUCGUCGGUCUAGCCUUCAUCAUAUACCACAGCACGCUCGAUUUCGAAGCUACCGUGCAGUAG